AUCGGUGGUGGACGAUCAAAACGAUACACCUGAGACGUGGUGCGGUUGGACCGUAUAAGCAUAUUCCCUCGACGCUUCGACUUGGCCUGCACCGUGGGGAACACGUCCAAGCAAGCUGCUCCCUGGCCAUAGUUCGUCUCCUAUCAUCAUUGUUCUCACGCUCGAGUAUCUAUCGUCAAGGACCCCAGCCUGGGCAUCCACCUUCUCGAAAUCGAUUUUCUUCUUUGUGUGGCUUGCGAGUCUUGCGAACGAUAUAUUCAAAAUGCGGCGAAGACAUCUUGCGAUCCUUUUCGCCUUACCCACGGCGCAUGCGCUGUCCCUAGCGAACUUCCAGCAGAUUACUUCGGUUCUUAUACCAUUAUCAUGUCAAUUGACAUACGACAGUCAAAUAUCUUCAUGCACAAAGUCAGACUUCAACAAUGGGUGCUCAGCAGCGUGCAUAGCGGGACUGAACGCGGCGGCAGCAGCAGUCAGUGAUUCAUGUGCAGAAGUAUCAGUGAGCUCCAAUACAUUAUUGGGCAUUGUGAUGAAUGGAGGAGUAGUGGCAGCUUUGUGCCCAAGCCUUGCAACGACUACCACAACUGUAUUGAGGUCAUCUACAAUGCCUAUUGCUGUCAGUUCAGCAGCACCAGCAGUCUCUGUCACAAUACCAACCAGCAGUGGAGGAAAUACGGGAGGAUUGGGGUUCAAGACAACGACGUCGACAUCUAUCAAGUCAACUUCGGCACCUGCCCCGCAGUCUAUCGUGAGCACUAGCAGCGAGCAUCACACAAGCUCCGUCAUUUCAAUAACGGUGAAGUCAACUUCUACCGAAACGACUUCGACAUCAUCGACUACUUCUACUUCAAUCGAGUCGGCAGAUGGGGGACUUGGAGGCUCUGCACCAACGACAACCACAACAUCAACUUCAUCAAGCUCCAAGAAAGGCUCAGUAGCAACAAGUACGUCAUCCGCUACCAAGCCAGCAAACCAGCCAGACACGGGAGGGUCAGGGGGAGGAAGUCCCUUUGACAUCUCAAGUAGCGCGAGUCGAAUAGGAGGCGACUCGAUCCUAGGGCUAGUAAUAUUAGUUAUGGCGUGUGUCUUGACGGGCCGGUAGCAACGAGGCGUCCAGGGGUGGAACGAGUGAUUGAGAGUGUGGUCGGAGGAGUACAAACACGAAUUUAAUGUUUAUAUGAAUAUGGCAGCGAAGGAUGGGGAGCAAGAACACAGUAGAACUAUCAUUAACCUGCAUGGUUGAUGGAACAGACAGGUAUAUACAAGUCAGCGAGGCGUUGAGAGUGGGAGACCCCUUUUUGGAAAAGACCAAAUGUUGUCACUGAUGUGAUAGGUGGCUUGUAAGAUUUAGUUUGUUAGAUACCAUGAGUUGCUCAGUUGAGAUGAAUACACAAAAGCAUACUACGA